CUCGUUUCGCAAUUUUACAUCGUUUUGACUAACCCUGUUUUAUUAUUUUCAGUGGAUUGCAGUAGGUUCGGCUAGCAAUGUCGCCCGCUAAAGCUGAUGCUACAAAGAAAGGAGAUGCAAAGGCGCAGGCUCUAAAGACAGCGAAAGCUGUGAAGACAGGAUCAACAUUCAAAAAGAAGGCCAAGAAGAUCCGUACAAAGGUGACAUUUCAUCGCCCAAGAACAUUGAAGACUGACAGAAACCCAAAGUAUCCUCGUAUCAGUGCCCCACCAAGAAACAAGCUUGACCACUAUCAAAUCUUGAAAUACCCUUUGACUACUGAAUCUGCAAUGAAGAAGAUAGAAGACAACAACACCCUGGUUUUCAUUGUUGAUAUCCGAGCUGACAAGAAGAAAAUCAAAGCUGCAGUUAAGAAGAUGUAUGAUAUCCAGACCAAGAAAGCCAACACUUUGAUCAGGCGACGAUCUUCAGUACCCAAUCAAACGACUGCGCAGAAGUCGGCGGUGUCGGUUGCUUCGGUGAGAAGGAGGGCGGCGCCGGUGGCUGCAGGGAAGGAUGAUGUUGAAGAUGGAGGCUGCUGUGGCGCCGGUGUUUCGGAGGCGGUGUGA